AAAGUGAUGAGUUUGAUAUGAGCGACUCAACUAGAAUGUCAGCUGUGAACUCUGACCUCAGCUCAAAUCUGGAGGAGAGAAUGCAAAGUCCUCAGAACCUCCAGGGCCAGCAGGAUGAUGAUUCAGCUGCAGAGAGUUUUAAUGGCAAUGAGACCGUGGGACACAGUUCCAAUGCUUCAGGGGGAACACACUGCAGGGAGAUGGCAGAAACCAACAGUAAUGGCAAAACAAAUCUGGAGCAGGAUGAGCAGCCUCUGAACCUGAGUGACAGUCCUCUCUCUGCUCAGCUGACUUCAGAAUACAGACUAGAUGAUCACAGCAGUAAUGGAAAGAACAAAUACAAGACUCUCCUAAUUUCUGAUCUCAAGAUGGAACGGGAGGCAAGAGAAAAUGGAAGCAAGUCCCCUGCACAUAGCUAUUCCAGCUAUGAUUCUGGCAAGAAUGAGAGUGUAGGCAGAGGUGCUGAAGAUCUAUCUCUGAAUCGAGGAGACGAGGAUGAGGAUGACCAUGACGAGCAAGAAGAUCCUGAGAAGGUUAACGAAUCAGAUGGGGUAGAAGCUGAGCGACUGAAAGCUUUUAACAUGUUUGUCAGGCUGUUUGUAGAUGAAAACUUGGACCGAAUGGUCCCAAUCUCUAAGCAGCCCAAAGAAAAGAUCCAGGCUAUCAUUGACUCAUGCAGGCGACAAUUCCCUGAGUAUCAAGAGCGUGCCAGAAAACGCAUACGUACUUACCUCAAGUCCUGCAGGCGGAUGAAAAGAAGUGGUUUUGAGAUGUCACGACCUAUUCCCUCACACCUUACUUCAGCAGUUGCAGAGAGUAUCCUGGCUUCCGCCUGUGAGAGUGAGAGCAGAAAUGCUGCAAAAAGGAUGCGGUUGGAUAGACAGCAGGAUGAGGCUGCUCCAGCUGACAAGCAGUGCAAACAGGAGCCAGCCCAGGUCACUUACUCAACAUCAGCUGUUUCCAGCACACAGGAGGUGUUGUACAUCAACGGCAAUGGGACCUACAGUUACCAUAGUUACAGAGGGCUCGGAGGUGGGCUGCUAAAUCUCAAUGAUGCUUCUAGCAGUGAUCUGCAGCCUACCUCCACCACAGCCACAACUCAGCACUGCAUCCCAGGCACCACAAAUGUCCAGUCCCCUUCCAGCUCAGGUCCCACAGAUCUCAGUAUGAAGAGGCAGUUAGCAAGCAGCUCUGGAUCCUCCAGCAGCUCCAGCUCCAGGCCGCAGCUGAGUCCGACUGAGAUAAACGCAGUGAGGCAGCUUGUGGCAGGGUACCGAGAAUCCGCCGCCUUCUUACUGCGCUCUGCAGAUGAACUGGAAAACCUUAUUCUGCAGCAGAACUGAGUCAUGUGACCUUCACACCGGCCUGGUCUUAGCUCAGAAUUUCCACUAAUGACAUUUUGAUUUCCCAGAGCACACACUUCAGUUACUGCACAGUCUUUUAGGAGAGUUAAUUACCAUAAUGCCACACUGUUCUUGAUCCAUAAAGUGAUGUGUUAAGGUGCUUCAAGUGAACUUCGACCUCUGGUAUUUCUGAGGUACUUUACUGUGUCCAGCCUAUUGCUUUUGUUUUAGUGUGUCAGCAUAAAUAUCGAAAAAGUGGCUAGAAAUUAACUCAUUCUAACAAGUGGAGGAAACAGAAGAUGCUGUGAUGGUUUUUUAAAACAAGUGGUUCAAGAUCCAAGUGCAAUAUUAGUGGAAUGUGAUACUGACUCAUUGGACUUAAAGCUGCAGUAUAUGGCAAAACAUUGCCAAAUGUCCUGUUGCUACAGGGCACAAUUGCAAUGAAAAGGAUCUUGUAUUUUAAAAAAAAUGUAAUUUUUAUAAAAAACGAAACAAAAGAUUUUUGUUUUCAUUCAAGAUUUUUCAUUUUUACUUUGGUAAACUUUUUCACUGGUCCUGAAAAUGUUUUGAGGAGCUAUUUUAAGUCCCCCCUUCCUCUCUUGAAUCCCUGGCUGUGCCCUUCUUCCCAACUUCAUAUUCUUUCUACAAGGAGUAACUCUUGAUGCUGGAUAAUUUCCUCCCCUGUGUACUGUAAAUUGUCAUCUAUGGAAUACCUUCCAAAGGAAGUAUGCAUUUCCUGCAUUCAUGCCAUUCUCAACUCCAUUCUGUAAUAUAUUGCAGCUUUAUUAGCAAUUAAUAAAGAGUUGAGCGUUUUUUAAAAAAGACAUAUCGUUGAGAAAAAAAAGAUGAUUUGAUUUCUUACGGUGAGCUCAUCUGACUCCAUGAUCACUGCUGCUGUCUUAUACAAGUCCCUCUAGUUGUGAUUGGAUGUAGAUGAUGAAUGUUAAGAGGUUGCAAGUGACAAUCUGAAAAUUUGCACUCUUGUGUGUAUUUAUUUUUUUCCUUAAUUUAAACAAAAAUUCUUACCAAGGAAGGUCAUUGACACUUCUGGUAUAAUUUGUAUAAUUCCCAGGCCUAGCUAAAACCUGUACAAAACUGUAAGUGGAUGCAGCUGCAACUAUAAUAAAACUCUUCUCUCCCCUUCCCCACUCUUCCCAACCCCUCUAUUUCUUAUUUUAUAAUAUUGAUUACACAUUAAUGGUGUUUUCUUUGUGCACUAUGGCAGGCUUCUUUUUAAGUAUAUAGAGAAAGGUACUUUAGUUUAUGCUUAUUGUACUAUCUGUUCUGUUGUUUAGCUUUUGUUGAAUAACAAGUUUCUUGUGCAUUCCUAAAUUUGCCUUAUUUCAUGUACAAAAUUUUAUGUAAUUCCGUUUUUGACGAUGAGUUUAAGGCAUCAGUGAUAUUUUAUAUCUACUUGUUACAUAUAGUUUUCCAAGUAAUGACUGUGAUUGUGACCAAGUAAUGUGCACUUUUUCUUGUAACUGUGGACAUUGCUAUGCUUUUUUUUCUCUAGUGUUUCUAGAAUUACUGUUGCUUACAGUUAUGUAAAAGAAAAAGAACUUUUGUGAUACUGUUGGUGAAUAUUAAUGUGAAAAAGCCUAUGAAAUAUGAGUAUUUUGGAGGUACAUAGAUACACAAACAUCUCUAAGUUGUGGACUGAUGUUCACAUAUUUAAAUGAGAAUUCAAAACCUGAGGGCUGGAAUCAUUUCCUCUGUUUUGUUUGGGUAAAUAAACAGAUUUCUGUGUUUAAAUACAUGAUUGUGAAACA